AUGGGCCCCUGUACCGCCUCCUCAUGCUGCUGCCAGGCCCGUAAUCUGCCAUGGGCCCCCGUACCGACUCCUCAUGCUGCUGCCAGGCCCGUAAUCUGUCAUGGGCCCCUGUACCGCCUCCUCAUGCUGCUGCCCAGGUCCAGAGUGUGUCAUGGGUCCCUGUACGGCCUCCCAUUGCUGCUGUCUCCAUCGCCACACUCUGCCAUGUGCCACUUUCAGGUCUCCUCACACUGCUGGUGGGUUCCAUUUUGUCAUAGGUGCUGGCAGAUGUACGGCCUCCCAUUGCUGCUGCCAGGCCCGUAAUCUGCCAUGGGCCCCCCCGACCGACUCCUCAUGCUGCUGCCAGGCCCGUAGAGUCCCGUAAUCUGUCAUGGGCCCCUGUACCGCCUCCUCAUGCUGCUGCCAG